AUGAGGGAUGUAGACAAAGCUAAGGGAGGUUGUGUUCGCACGGCUCCUCUGGCCCCAGUCUCCGCCAACCCCGGAAACUUGUUCCGAGCAGACUUUCAUCAUCCCCUCACGUACCCCGACAUAUCUCUUGGCGCCAAGGACAUUGAGCGGAUCGGCUAUGGCGGGGACGUCUGGGAGGUCCGCGUCGAUCUCCUGAGCGAUGCGCAGCACCCGCUGGGCGCCACCAACCUUCCGAGUUACGAAUACGUUCGCCAACAAGUGCGGAAGUUCCCGGAUGACGCCGUGAACGAGGCCCUUGCGCUGAUGCUACUCGCCGUGGAGCUGAACUGUCUUUACAUUGACGUCGAGAUCGAGUGGCCCCAACAGGCCAUCGACGCGCUCGUCGCCGCCAAGGGGGCCUCCAAGCUUGUCGCUUCUUUCCAUAGCUGGACUGGAGAUAUUCGAUGGACAAAGUUAUACAUCGCGGGCUCUGAUGAGAGCGGUGUGCAGUUUGCCGUGCAGGCUCAUAGACUUGGGCUCGACGAGCUAGGCUUACCGCAUCGGGUUUCUGUUGUUGACAGGACGUCCAUUGAAAGAACCGUCAAAGGCCCCGCCUUUGGAGGUGCCGCGGCAUUUGAUGAUCUAGCAUCUGAUCUCAGUGAUUUUGUCGACGAAAUCUCCGACUCCGCCACCAAAAGCGGGCUCGUGGACACAGUACACUGUAGCACAGAUUCCUCCGAGGACACUGUGCUAAAUCAUCAGUCCUUCGCCGCCGGAAAUAUGCACGGGCUCGGGAAGUUGCAAGACGGCUAG